UGCUGCUCUCUUUUAACACACCAACGGCGGCUCUGUAUUUCUCAGGUUAGUCUCCUCCUCUUCGCGGCUUCUCUGUAUAACUACACCAACUCUUUCUACUGCUGCGGUAUUGAACAGAGAUGGAUACACAAAAUGAGUACCAGGUUGACCUUGGAAAUCUUAUGGCUUUUGACCCCUUUCACCACUUUACCUCUAUUCCUUCUUCUAGGGAGGAGUUAGUUGCAGAAUGUCUAAGUAAUGGCACUGAGCUAGUUCAAGCCAUUGUCAGUGGUGUUUUCAACUUGCCUUCAACUGAAGAUAUAGACGGUCCUCUUGUCAAGUUGCCGCCUCCAACAACAAAACUGCCAAGGGAGAAGCCUCUGCCGAAGCCAAAACCUCCUACAAGAUGGGAACAGUUUGCCAAAGCAAAAGGAAUAAGGAAUCGCAAAAAAGACAAGGUUGUUUGGGACGAACAAACUGGUACUUGGAAACGUCGUUAUGGAUAUGAUCGUGUCAAUGAUGAUGCCGAUGUUCCCAUAAUUGAGGCCAAGAUGACCGAUGAGCCAGGAGUGGAUCCUUUUGCCAAGAGAGUAGCAGAGAAGAAGGAAAGGGUUCAAAAAAACCAGAAGAAUCAGUUGCAAAACUUGAAAACUGCCGCCAAAGCUGGUGCUUUGCCUAGCCAUGUUCAGCUAGCUGCCACAGCCUUGCCUAUAACUGGAACCCAGGCUGCAAAAAAGAAAUUUACCAAAGACGAGCUAGGAAAUGUAGCUGGACUAGCUUCUACUGCAACUGCCAGUGGUGGAAAGUUUGACAAGAAGUUGCGAGGAGAAAAGCCCGUAAAAAAUCAAGGAAAACAUCGCAAGUUCCUACCAGUUGUAGAAGGUUCGGGGAUUGGCAGUCAAGAAAAGGAACAAACUGAUAGAGUUCUAAGCAAACUAAUCUCAUCGAAUUCACAUGAGAUUCUUAAUGUGGAUAAGGCUGUUACCAUGUACAAUGUCAAUAAGGAGAGAAAACGAAGGAAUCAAUAUGGGAAGCCUUCUUCAACAAGGAAUGAGCAAGGGAAGUCUUCUUCAACGCCAAGCAAAUUGAAACCAAAUAACAAACCAAUGAAGGCAAAGAGCUUUCCAAAUAAAGGAAAGGGGAGUUUUUCGAAGAAAGGAAAGGGGAGUUUUUCGAAGAAAGGAAAGGCAUAGUGAAAUUGACGAUGAAGUAAAGUGAUGAUUUUGAUUUUAUAUUGUUUCCCUUUCAGUACCCCAAGAUUGUUAGUCACGGGGGAGAGAAAUCUUCAUACAAUUUUGUUGUAUUUUUGCAGCCAAAGUUUAUAACUUAUUUAAUUAAAUGGGUCCUGCUA